AUGGUUAUUGAGCUUUUCACGGAUAAGGAGGGAUUCACUACCAAAAUCGGGGCACACAUGGAACCAGAGCUGCAAAGAAAGGUAAUAGCUUGCCUGCGCAGAAACGCUGAUGUAUUUGCGUUCAAAACGGCGGACCUAAAGGGAAUUGACAGAGAGCUAGCCGAGCAUCGAUUGAACGUAGACCCCACAAUUAAGCCAGUGAAACAAAAGACGAGGCACUUCGGUGCUGAAAAGGACGCCGCUAUUCGGGAGCAGGUACAAGCGUUGCUAGAGGCUGGACAUAUUGUGGAAGUCCAAUAUCCGGAAUGGGUGUCUAAUGCGGUUAUGGUGGAAAAGAACGCUAAGACCUGGAGGAUGUGCGUGGACUACCGGGACCUCAAUGCGGCCUGUCCGAAGGAUUGUUACCCAUUGCCACGGAUCGAUCAGCUAGUGGAUGCUACAUCAGGAUGUGAACUUUUGUCAAUGAUGGACGCUUACCAAGGGUACCAUCAAGUCAAGACGUAUAGGAACGAUGUUGUCAAAACGGCAUUCGCAGUCUGCGCAGGGAUCUUCGCAUAUGUGAGUAUGUCCUUUGGACUAAAAAACGCGGGGGCUACGUACCAGAGGAUGAUGGACAGAAUUUUCAAGGAUCAAUUAAAAGAGAAUGUGUCGGUCUAUGUAGACGACAUGUUAGUGCGCAGCGCUGAAGCACGUACACAUGCGGAUGACUUGGAGGAAAUAUUCUCGGUUGUGCGAAGACACAAGCUCAUGCUCAAUCCAGCCAAAUGCACUUUCGGGGUGCAGUCGGGAAAAUUUCUGGGAUACAAGGUCACACUUGUGGGGAUAGAGGUACACGGCUCCGUUACCAAGGAAGGGUGUGGAGUCGGAAUAUAUAUCGAAUCACCGGAAGAUGGGGCUUACCAGUUCGCGAUCAAGUUCGAGGACAAGCUGUCGAAUAAUGAGACAGAAUAUGAGGCAGUAAUAAGGGCCGUCCACAUCUUGAGGGAGCUUAGAGCAGACACAGCUAUAAUCAAGACCGAUUCACAACUAGUAGCCCAGCAGUUGAGGGGUGAAUGCGAGGUCCGUGACAACAGGAUGAGAGCUUAUUAUGAUCAGAUGCAGCAAAUCAAGAAACAAUUUGAAGAAUUGGAGAUAGUACAAGUACCCCGAGAGGAAAAUCGAAAAACUGAUCUUCUGGCGAGGAUGGCCAGUGCCGUCGAGCAAUCAUGGAACAAUGAAGUCACACUACUGUUUGAGCCAAAGAAAAGUUCAGAAGCCCAGGUCUGCGCAGUCGAAGUUGGGAACGAUUGGCGAACUCCAAUUAUUCAUUUUUUACGAACAGGGGAAAGAAUGGAAGGAGACACUGCAAAGUACGCUAAAUAUGAGAAUUUUUACUUGAUCAACGACCAGCUUUAUAAAAGAUCUUUCACACAUCCGUUCCUCAAAUGUUUAUCAUCGGAAGAGGCAGAGUUUGCUCUAAGAGAAAUUCAUCAGGGUUGUUGCGGGAACCACGCGGGAUAUAAAGACCUGACCAGAAAAAUAAUCAGAGCGGGAUUCUAUUGGCCCGGCAUCGACAAAGACACCAAGGCAUAUGUAAAGAAAUGUGGAUCUUGCCAGAGACACGCGCCAAGAAUCAACAUCCCAGGGGAGGAAAUGGGGAUAAUGUACUCGGCACAUCCCUUUGACAAAUGGGGAAUCGAUAUCGUGGGCAAACUGCCAACGGCACCGGGAGGAAAGUGUUUCUUGAUAGUGGCAGUGGACUAUUUUUCGAAAUGGGUGGAAGCAGAGGCUGUAACAAGGGUGGACGAGGCCACCAUCGAAAAGUUCAUCUGGAAAAACAUCUGUUGUAGAUAUCGUGCCCAGAGUUCUAAUAUCAGACAACGGAGCCCAGUUCACUAG